GUAGGUGGGGUUUAACGGGGCUGAUUAUUUACGGUACCAUUUGCAGCAGCAGAGCUCUCCGGGAUGGCAUAAGAGAGUGGCUAUUACUACGAGAGGAGAAAACCUACCGACCGAACGAAAGACAGACAGCCUCGUGGAAUCGUCCCCUCGGAGAUGGCAAGACUAGAGGUGUUAUUGUUCACGGCUCUAGCUCGCAUUUCGUCUGGGAAAUCUGCUUCCUUUAUUGGCUAUUCCUGAUCCGCACACCAACCGACACCUCCAACGAUGGAUUGUACUGAAGUUCCACCUUGUGUGUUUUUGCGUCAAGACAAUCGAGCGAAAUAAGAGGAAACAAUCACGGACGGCUGUGGGCUAUUAUCCAUUCCGGACUGUUCACCAUCUAUAGAGCGUCCAUUCCGGACUGUUCACCAUCUAUAGAGCGGGUCGUUGAGAAAUGCAUGAGUGUACGGAUUUUUACCCGAGAUAGAUUUUGGUUGGCUAUUUUGUUUCAAUCCUCGGCUGCAAUAUUCAGGCUAUUACAUCGGUUUACGCGUAAAGGACAUGGACACAAUGUUUAUUAUCCACUGGCUGCGCAAGUUAUGUGCUAUGUUUUAACUACCAGAAACUAUACCUGUAGUUAGAAUAGAUGUCUUCGUAUUCUCUAUUUUCCUAUUAACGGCCUGGGAUGAUAUAACUGCAGUUUAGAGGAUUGCUUUGCGCCGUUAGGAAUAGUGCGCUGCUGUGGUUAAGCCCCUUUUAACAUAUACUGGCCUGUCGGGAUAGACGCUACGCUAAUCACCUAUAGGGUUUCAGAAAUACCCUUUUGUUAACCUCAAUUUUUUUUUCUUUUUCUCAAAUGUCAUUCAAAUGAACGCAAGUAACCUAUUCUGAGCUGCUGUGUACAGUUGUAGGCUAUAACUUGGAAACAACUCUCCCCACCUCACUAGCAAGGUGACAGUAGGAGUAGGGUUGCAGUGUGAGUUCUCUGUGUGACAGAACAACAGAAGGACAACAGCCAUGGCUCUGCCAGAUAACACCCCCAGCAUUCCUGUAGGGGAGGAAGUCAUCUUCCCUGAGAUAGUAGAGCUGAACGUGGGUGGCCAGGUGUACAUCACCCGCUACUCAACACUCAUCAGCGUACCAGACUCACUCCUGUGGGAGAUGUUUAGCAGGAAAUCCACCAAAGGGCUGGCGAGGGACACCAAGGGCCGUUUCUUCGUGGACCGUGAUGGUUUCCUGUUCAGGUAUAUUCUGGACUACAUGAGAGACCAGCAGCUGGUGCUCCCAGACCACUUCCCAGAGCGGGGUCGCCUGCAGCGGGAGGCUGAGUUCUUCAACCUCCCUGAGCUCGUAAAGAUUCUGACACCCAAACUCAGCAAGCAGAACUCGCUGGGCGACGAGGGGUGUCAGAGCGACCCGGAGGACUCCUCGCCGGGCAUCGACACCGGGCGCAACCUGGCCUCGCUGGGCACUGCCGCCUGUGCCAGUCUGGUCCCCAGCGGAGAGAGUAAACGCUCGGGAUUCAUCACCAUCGGUUAUCGCGGCUCCUAUACGUUGGGGCGCGACAGCCAGACCGACGCCAAGUUCAGACGUGUUGCUCGCAUUAUGGUCUGUGGCAAGACGUCGCUGGCUAAAGAGGUGUUUGGGGAGACGCUGAACGAGAGCCGGGACCCGGACCGACCCCCGGAGCGCUACACAUCACGCUACUACCUCAAGUUCACCUUCCUGGAGCAGGCCUUUGACAAGCUGGCGGACGCCGGGUUUCACAUGGUGGCCUGUAACUCCACGGGGACCUGCGCCUUCGCUCACGAGCAGACGGACGACAAGAUCUGGACCAGCUACACUGAAUACGUGUUCUACCGUGGGCGAUCAACCUUCCCCAAACCUGUGCCCUCCGACCUCCCAGACACCAGUCGCCAUGCCGACCAGCCCGUCGACGACCCCUGCCCCACCAGCACUGCCGUCAGCCAACCAGAAACAAACACCACUCUGGACCUGCGAAACAGCCUGCCCCUCGACCCUCCUCCUCCUGCUAAUCCCCCACCCCCCCCUCCUCCAGCUCCAGCUCCAGCCUCAGUCCCAGCCCCGGUCAGCCCCGACCUCCCUCCCCCUUCUCCCCCCUCUCUGCCCCUGCCUGACAUGAGCCCCCAGCGGCCCACCACCCUCGCCCUGAAGACCCUGCCGCGCCCCAUCACCGUCAAGGAGAAUGGGGGACCCCCACCAGGCGUCAAUGAGGAAGAGGAGGAGAGGAAGGUGAUGGAGGAAGAUCUAAAAAAGUGUAUUGAGGAUUUUAGGAAGAUUAAAGUUCCUAAAGUCUUCCCUGACAAGAAGAGGCACUGGCAGAGCGACCUACUGAAGAAAUACAAUGCCUAGGGGCAAUGACGUUACCAUGGCUACCUAAAAGACCCAACACAAUAAGAUAGUGUUACUGUGAAUAUCGGAUUACAGUAAUAAGCAGUGUAUAUUAAUGCUUGGCUUGAAUAGGACUUGCAUUAGAUUGGCAUUGGACUUGAGAAAUCAGGCAUGCAUGAAACUGUACUAGACUACAUUAAUUACAGUGGUUUUGUUAUCACAUAAAGGCUAUUAUCACAUAAUGCUUUCUGGUU